AUGCCAGAUCUGGCACAUGAUUAUAAAUCGGAUGAUAAUAUUGAUAAUGAAGAGGAUUUGACAAAGAUUUCAACAUCUAAUUUGUCAUUUCGAUCAAUAAAUAGUUCACCAACUCCAUCAUUAUCAAACUCUCGAAUAUUCUCACCAAUAGUUUUACAUGCUUCAUUACCAAAAGAUUUACCAGAUUUAUCAUUGGAAACUUUGUGUGUUGAAACAAGACCAGAUUCUCCUAUUAUACCCCAUCAAAAUAAACCUAUUUCUCUCGAAUUAUUAUCAGCAUCAUCAUCAUCGAAUGACAUAGUUGAUGAUUUUGAAAAACCUCAUUCAAAUAGAAAUACCAUAGUGAACCACAGUUUAAGAGUUCCAAUGGAUGAUAAGAACUUUAACAAAGAAAUUCAAGAUAGACUUAAUAGUUACGAAGUACAACAUCAAAUUCGAGCAAGUAUUAGCACGGCUCCGAAUGAUAUUAUUUUAAUGAUUAUCGGCUCAAUUGCUGCUAUAGGAAGUGGAGUUUGUUUUCCAAUGAUGUUUUUUAUUUAUCAAAAAGCACUUAAUAGUUUUGUUAGUUAUAGCCAUAUGAAUUCUAAUAGCACUUAUACGAAUUCUAGUGAAUGCUUAUCGGGCUUGACUAAUACUACAGAGACUUCACAGGCAGAUAAUAUAAAACAUAUUAUCAAAUAUUAUGUUCUUAUCGGGUUUGUGAGUAUAUUCUUAUCUUGGAUUGCUUGGAGUAGUUGGAUGAUUGCUGCCGAAAGACAAGUUCGAUGUAUUCGAUUUGCACUUUUUCGUAAUAUACUUCGACAGGAAAUCGGCUGGUUUGAUGUACAUAAUUCAGGUGCAUUGAGUAAUCGACUUAUUGUUGAUUUAGAUAAAAUCAAAGAUGGUAUGAGUGAUAAAGUACCUGAUUUUAUUACACUCGUUUCAAGAACACUUGGUUCACUUGUAUAUUCAUUUAUCGUCGGAUGGAAAUUAUCAUUAGUUUUCUUAUCUAUAUCUCCAUUAGUAAUUCUUACAUUUAAUUUAACAGUUAAAAUGAUUGUUAAAUAUACUGUAAAAGAAGUACAAGCAUUUGCAUCAGCAUCAUCGAUUGCACAAGAAGUUUUACAAAAUAUUCGAACAGUUACAGCAUUUCAUGGUCAAAAAAAAGAAGAAGAAAGAUUUGCAAAUAGUCUAAUAGAAUCGAAAAGAAUUGGAAUAAAGAAAGGUAUUUAUGUUGGAAUAUGUCAAGGUUUAAAUACAAUUUUUAAUUUUUCGUCAUUUGCAGUUACAGUUUGGUAUGGUCCAUAUCUUGUUCGAACUGAAUGUUCAAAUUAUUCACCUGGAACAGUUUUUGUGGUUCUUGUGGCUUGUAUGUCUGCCACACUGUAUACAUCACAUUUUAUUCCUCAUAUUCAAAAUUUUGCCGAAGCUACAGGUAGUGGAACAUAUGUAUUUGAUAUUAUAGCACGAAAAACAAAGAUUGAUGCAUUCAGUGAUGAAGGUGAUCAACCAAAAACUAUUACAGGUGAUAUCGAAUUCAAAAAUAUUCAUUUUACAUAUCCAGCACGAGACGAAAUUUCUGUUCUCAAUAAUUUAUCAUUGAAAAUACCAUCGGGUAAAACAGUUGCAUUAGUUGGACCAUCAGGAUGUGGAAAAAGUACAAUAGUACAAUUAAUUCAACGAUUUUAUGAUCCAGAUGAUGGUCGAGUUUUACUUGAUGGAAAAGAUAUUCGAACUUUAAAUGUUGCUUGGCUUCGAUCACAUAUUGGAAUAGUUAGUCAAGAACCUGCUCUAUUUUAUGGAACUAUUGAAGAUAAUAUUCGUUUGGGAAAACCUGAUGCAACAGAUGAUGAAGUAGAAACUGCAGCUAAAAUGGCUAAUGCACAUGAUUUUAUUAUGGCAUUACCACAGAAGUAUAAAACAACUUCUGGAGAUAAAUUAAGUGGUGGUCAAAAACAACGAAUUGCUAUUGCUCGAGCAUUAAUAUCAAAUCCAAAGAUUCUAUUAUUAGAUGAAGCAACAAGUGCACUUGAUAAUACAAGUGAACGUAUUGUACAAGAUGCAUUGGAUAAAGCAAAACACGAUCGAACAACAAUAGUUAUUGCUCAUCGUUUAAGUACAAUACAAAAUGCUGAUUUAAUAAUUGUAUUAGAAUAUGGUCAAGUAGUAGAAAAAGGAAAUCAUAAUGAAUUAAUGUCACGAAAAGGUCUUUAUUAUCAACUAGUUACAACUCAUAAUCGACAAGAAACAGAAGAUGAUGAAGAUGAUGAAGAUGAUGAAGAAGAUAAUAAUUAUAUGGAAAAAUUAUUAACACCACAAGUAUUAGCUAAUCGAAGAGUUUCAAAACAAUCAAUAGCAUCAAGUGGAGAGUUUGAUAAAUAUGAUGAUAAUAUAAGUGAAAUAUCGGAUCAUCUUUCAAAAAAAAAGAAAUUUUUUCAUGUUCCAUUUUUAUAUAAAAUUUCAAAAUUAAAUAUUCCUGAAUUACAUUGGAUUUUAUUAGGUACAAUUGCUUCACUUAUAUUAGGCGCUACUCAACCAAUCUUUGGACUUACACUUUCAAAAAUGUUUGGUGCAUUUGCUGAAUCAGAUCUUAAUAAACAAAAAUAUUUAGUACUUAUUUCUGCUAUAAUUCAUUUUUGUAUUGGUAUUGGUGGAGGUAUAGCUCAAUUUUUAACUAGUGUUGGUUUUGCUAAAUCUGGUGAAGAAUUAACAAUGCGUAUGAGAAAAAUGACAUUUAGUGCAAUGCUUCGACAAGAAAUUAGUUAUUUUGAUUAUGAAUCAAAUAGUACUGGAGCUCUUAUAACACGUCUAUCAAAAGAUGCAUCAGCUCUUAAAGGAUUAACUGGUGUUCGUAUUGGUAUUGUUUUUCAAGCAAUAAGUGCUGUUAUAACAGCUCUUAUUAUUUCAUUUUUAUCAUCUUGGAAAUUGACAUUGGUUGUAUCGUGUUUUUCUCCUUUAAUCAUAUUUACUAACAAAUUUCAAGGUCAAAAAAAGAGAAAAACUACUGAAUUGACCGAUGAAACUUCAUUUAUUGAACAGGGUGGACAAUAUGCAACACAAGCUAUUGAAAAUAUUCGUACUGUUGUUGCUCUUCAUCAAGAAAAUCAUUUUAUUAAUUUCUAUGAAAAUGCAUUCAAUCAAGAAUUUAAACAAGAAAUGUAUCGUCUACAUCUAUCAGCUAUAAGCAUUGCAAUAUCUCAAUCAAUAAUAUACUUUCUUCAUUGUACAUGCUUUGGAUAUGGUAUUAAACUUAUCGAAAAUGGUGAAAUAAAAUAUGAACAGAUGUACAGAACAUUUGCUGUUAUGUCAUUGGCUAUGAUGACUGUUGGUCGUUCAUUAGCAAUGGUUUCUGAUUAUUCAAAAGCUAAAACAGCAGCAUUAAGAAUUAUGAAACUUCACGAGCGACAAUCAAAAAUUGAUCCUAAUGAUGAAUCCGGCAUUAUUUUAAAAAAUGUUAUCGGUAAUAUUGAAUUUUGUGGUGUUCAUUUUCGAUAUCCAAGUCGAAUAACACUUCCUAUUUUAAAAAAAUUUUCAUUAAAAUGUUUAACAAAUAGUACAACAGCUCUUGUUGGACCAUCAGGAGGUGGAAAAUCAACAACUAUUGCAUUGUUACAAAGAUUUUAUGAUCCAUUAGAAGGAAAAAUUUUACUUGAUGGAAAUGAUAUAAAAAUUCUUAAUAUACGAUGGCUUCGAUCAUUAAUAGGUUUAGUUCAACAAGAACCUGUUCUUUUUAAUCUUUCAAUUCGUGAUAAUAUUGCUUAUGGUGAUAAUAGUCGAGAAAUGACACAAAAUGAUAUUGAAGAUGCUGCUCGAAUAGCUAAUAUUCAUGAAUUAAUUAUUUCACUACCACAGGUUUAUUUCGUUUUAUUUUUAUUAGAGAUUGCUAUUGCUAGAGCUCUGAUACGAAAUCCAAAAAUUCUUCUACUUGAUGAAGCAACAUCAGCAUUAGAUAAUCAAAGUGAACAAAUAGUUCAAAAUGCAUUACGUCAAGCACAAGUUGACCGAACAUGUUUAACUAUUGCUCAUCGUUUAUCAACAAUUCAGCACUCAGAAAAAAUUGCUGUUGUUAAUCGAGGCAAAAUAACAGAAGAAGGAACACAUGAAGAACUAUUGAGACAACAAGGAACUUAUAUGAAAUUAGCAUCAGCACAAUAUAAGUAUACUCAUAAUCAGUGA